AUGAAAAUCAAACUCUUGAACAAACAGUCCAGUCCAAAGCCAGGCCCUUCCACCGAGAAGUCUGCUGAAAGCCCAUAUAGAUGUGAAAUGUCUGACUCUGAGUCAGACAACAUGGACACUGAGCCAUGCUGUGUAUGCAAUGCACGCCAGCCUAUUGAAAUUUCUAGAAACAGGUCUGUUAAGUUUGUUGAGUGGGCUCAGUGUGAUGUACCCGCUGACGACAAAAAUUUAAUCCAGGUGUCUUAUGUAGAUCUAAACGUUCGUAACAAUACAAAGUAUCAUCAUACGGAUAAAUUUGACAUCACUGAUCCUUUGGUGUUCGACAAUAGGGAGGAACUAGUUGUACGUAGGGGACAAGAGUUCGUCAUAAAUGUCGAAUUCAACAGACCUUUCGAUUCGAAGAAAGACGAUUUAAGAGUCUUUUUUCAGCAAGGGAAAUCUCCAAAACCAUCCAGAGGAAGCCAUGUUGAAUUUAUCCUUUCCGACAGAGAUGUUCCAAAAGAAUGGGGCGCUUACAUCAAAACAAAUGAAGAAAAUUACCUUAGCCUCGUUGUGAACACUUCGUCGACAUGCGCAGUUAGAAAGUGGUGGCUAAAAAUAGAUGUUGUAAAACGGUCAAAAGCCAAUGUUGAUGUUUUUCGGUACAUACAUACUUCGCCGAUUUACAUAUUCUUCAAUCCGUGGUGUAAAGGUAAAUGUUGUAAAUACAUACUGUUUUUCGAAGACAAUGUGUUAGAUUGCGUGAUGCUUUUACUCGACAAAUCAUAUCUCUCUGAUAGUUCUAGAGGUGAUCCCAUUGCGGUUGUGAGAAUGAUUUCAAAAAUGGUGAAUGCGCCGGAUGAUGGCGGCGUCCUGGCGGGAAACUGGAGUGGCGACUACAAGGGUGGUACUUCGCCUCUUAAGUGGACCGGAAGUAAAGGCAUUUUGGAGCAGUAUUACAAAACGAGACGGCCUGUACUGUAUGGACAAUGCUGGGUGUUCUCUGGUGUGUUAACAACAGUGUGUAGAGCUUUGGGUAUACCUGCAAGAAGUGUUACAAAUUUUGCGUCUGCACACGAUACUGACGGCAGCAUUACUAUAGAUUGCCACUUUGAUCAGAAAGGAAGACCUCUUAAGUGCUAUGAUGAAGAUUCAGUGUGGAAUUUUCAUGUCUGGAACGAUGUGUGGCUAGCGCGACCAGAUCUACCGCCGGGAUACGGAGGAUGGCAAGCAAUAGAUGCCACACCACAAGAAAGAAGCGGGGGUGUAUAUUGCAUGGGACCUAUGUCCCUGUUGGCGGUCAAACGGGGAGAAGUAUAUUUUCCAUACGACGGACGUUUCCUCUUUGCCGAGGUUAACGCUGACAAAGUUUACUGGCGGGUAGACGAUAAUGGUGCAAUGAACAAGGUUUCUGUCCAGAAGUGUUGUGUUGGCCAAUUCAUCAGUACAAAACGAGCAUAUGGCCGUGCCACAUGGACUGAGAUGGCUGCUGGAUUUGACCCUGACAGGGAAGAUAUCACAGAACAGUAUAAGUUCAAGGAAGGAAACCGAAUGGACGUAGAAUUUGACUUGCAGUCCAAGCCUGAUACAUUCAUGGGAGAUUCCUUAAUGUUUUGUCUUGUGGUGAAAAAUACGAGUGUCAGCAGGAGAACUGUAAAUGGCACCCUCAUGUUGUCCAGCAUGUACUACACUGGCGUCUUGCACAAAAAGAUCAAAGAGUAUGACAUCGAUAGAACUGAACUCCAGCCCAAAGCGGAGAGGUAUAUAGGAGUGCAAGUAAAAGUGGACGAGUACCUUGACAAGCUGACAGACCAUUGUAUCUGUAAUUUAUCUUGUAUGUGCUUUGUGGAUGAGACAAAGCAGGUAUUUGCUGAAAUGGAAGAGCUUAUUCUACGCAAACCACAACUUACAAUCAAGGCACCGGGGACAGGGUGUGUAAGAAAGAAAUUUAAAGUUGAAGUUUCGUUUGAAAAUCCUUUGCCUGUUGCCUUAACCAAAUGCGAAUUACGUGUUGACGGACCAGGUGUUCAAAGACCCAUAGUCUACAGACAACCAAAUGUUCAUGCCAGGACGAGAUUUACCGGUAAAUUCGAAACUUGUCCAGAAAAGCCAGGAGAAAGGGAGAUAAUUGUGUGUUUCAACUGCGCACAGAUUGAGUCAGUGAAUGUCUCCCAUUGGAUUAAAAUUAACGAUACAAACUAGGGGAUACAGAAAUAUUUAACAGGAAAAAUAAGGCCGAGCCAUGUUUUGUUCAAUAUUUUACAGUGUUUUUCUUUCUGAUUAUUAAUGCAGACAGUUUUAUUCGCACUUAAACCAAAUUGAUAACGUUAUUAUAGUUCCAAAGAACCUUUCCUCUCUCGUAGAUGCGCUUUAUACAUAAAACCAACCUUACAAUAGUUUCCGCUUCAAACAUAUUAGUGAUGAAUUUUCCAGUUGUAAAAUUUAAUGGUUUAGAUUGGUAUAUGUAUUUAUUUGCGUAUCUACAUGACAUUGUGCUGUUUAUACAUUGGCUGUCAAAUAGCUUUAUUUAUUUUAUUUAUGCACGUGUCAGUAGAAAAAAAUAC